GACCGUGCUCCUUGGUUCCGGUGUCGCAGCUCAGUGGGGCGAGUUUUGUGGACCCGGGAGCCCAGGACGCAGGCGGGGCUUGUGCUUCGCGGGGGCAGGGCGUAGGGUGGGCCUCCUCCCGCCUCUACUCUCGCGGUUUGCUCCUCAGUCUCCUUUGUUUGCUGAUUUUAUGCCUUUCUUUUUUUUUUUUGAGACGGAGUCUCGCUCUGUCGCCCAGGCUGGAGUGUGGUGGCGCGAUCUCGGCUCACUGCAAGCUCCGCCCCCCGGGUUCACGCUUUUAUCUCUUUCAUUGGAGCUUUUUGGACCCUGUGCUUGACGGUGCCCUAGGUGCCGUGGGGAGUCUGAUAAGCACCCUGCCCCGGGAUCAUUCUGUGCUGUGAGGCCUAGCGAAGAUGAAGAUAGAAUGCAAGGUAGAAAGUGCUGGAUACCUUUAGAAAGCUGCAGAACUGGUGCGAUGGGAGUUGAGACGUAAGAACGUGCCCGUCCGUAGGGCUCUGGAUGCUGCUGAGGCCCGAGGCCCCCAUGGCAGAUUUGAAAACUCACCCUUGUAGAGUCAUUCCUGCCUUUGAGAGGACUCCCUGUUAAGGCAGGUGUGCAAUGGCAUAAUCCUGGGUCACCACAACCUCUGCCUCCCGGGUUCAAGCGAUUCUCUUGCCUCAGCCUCCUGAGCAGCUAGGAUUACAGUUUACAGAAGCACUUGCAGAACUCUUCAGAAGCCACCCCGCUUAUCAGCAGAUUUCAAGAGAGCGUUCAGUGGAGACCCUGAGUCUGCACAGUUCACCUCCCUGGGAACUGCUCGCCUGAGCGUUGGAGCCGGCGCUGGCCCCCUGCAGCGGAAAGGAGCCCCGGAGGCCCAGGACACAGCGGAAGGAACAGGAAGAGAAGAGUGUGGUCUACUAGAAAUCUAGCACUGGAGACACGAGGAAAAUUCUUCCAACAAUGGUCUCCCACUCAGAGCUAAGGAAGCUGUUCUACUCAGCAGAUGCUGUAUGUUUUGAUGUUGACAGCACGGUCAUUAGAGAAGAAGGAAUCGAUGAGCUAGCCAAAAUCUGUGGCGUUGAGGACGCGGUGUCAGAAAUGACACGGCGAGCCAUGGGCGGGGCAGUGCCUUUCAAAUCUGCUCUCACGGAGCGCUUAGCCCUCAUCCAGCCCUCCAGGGAGCAGGUGCAGAGACUCAUAGCAGAGCACCCCCCACACCUGACCCCCGGCAUAAGGGAGCUGGUAAGUCGCCUACAGGAGCGAAAUGUUCAGGUUUUCCUAAUAUCUGGUGGCUUUAGGAGUAUUGUAGAGCAUGUUGCUUCAAAGCUCAAUAUCCCAGGAACCAAUGUAUUUGCCAAUAGGCUGAAAUUCUACUUUAACGGUGAAUAUGCAGGUUUUGAUGAGACACAGCCAACAGCUGAAUCUGGUGGAAAAGGAAAAGUGAUUAAACUUUUAAAGGAAAAAUUUCAUUUUAAGAAAAUAAUCAUGAUUGGAGAUGGUGCCACAGAUAUGGAAGCCUGUCCUCCUGCUGAUGCUUUCAUUGGAUUUGGAGGAAAUGUGAUCAGGCAACAAGUCAAGGAUAAUGCCAAAUGGUAUAUCACUGAUUUUGUAGAGCUGGUGGGAGAGCUGGAGGAAUAACAUCCACUGUCACACAGCUCCGAACACCUUCAGAUGGAUUUUUACAAGUGAUACAGGUUGAUACUGUUUGCUUACAAUUGCCUAUUACCACUUGCUAUAGAAAGUUGGCACAGAUGAUCUAUACUUUAAACUACAGUUAGGACUCCUAGAAGAUUGCUUUUUUUUUUUUUUUUAAAUUGUAGUUCCAGUAUUAUAUGAUGACUAUUGAUUUCCUGUAGAGUUUUGUAAUCUGAAUUCUUUCUGUAUAUUCCUAGCUAUAUUUCAUACAAAAUGUUUUAAGGGUGGAGAGUCAAACAAACACCUUUACUCUUAGAAAGAUGGAUUCGGCAGCCUUUGGUGAAUAUUGGUUUCGCUUUGGUAUAUCAAUAAAAGUUUAUCCAUGUGUCAGAAUGGA